GAAGUUGCCGGAUGUGAUAGCGGCUGAGAAAGAAAGAGCUCCUCCCCUCUUCCCUCUCGGCAUCUCUCCCACGCUCCAGAGCUCAGCCUUCAGCUCCCCGGAUCCUCCCCAAAUUCUCCUGAGCUGAGGUGGGCGCGUGGAGCCUCUGACCCUCUCUCGCCCACUCUCCUCCUCGGUCUCUUCCUCUUCGCUGCAGCUUCAGGGGGCGAUGGAUGGACUGCGCUUACCUCCACUCAUCGAGGAGGCUUUGGACUCUACAGACGACCCGUGCGAUCUGAAAGCAGAGUGCGGCCCCACCAUGGACAACGACAUCACCGCCAAGGAGAGAGGCGUGCUGGAGAACAACGAGAAAGAGGAGAUGGACCACGACAGAGCUCAGGGGGAAGAGAGGAAGCUGAUGGAGGAGGAUGGCGAGGAGAAGAUGACGAACGAGCAGGAGCCGCUGACAGAGGAGCAGGAGCUGGAGGAGCUGAGGGCCCAGGUACUGCAGCUGCUGCUGGAGCUGGACGAUGCCAGAGAGACCUCCAACAAACACCAGGAGAGCUUCCACGAGCUGCAAGAUCAGUUGGAGGACGAGCGUCUGGCAAGUGCCCAUCAAGCUGAAGCCUUCACGCGACAGAUCCAGAACCUACAAGACCAGCUGCGUUCUGUGCAGCAGGAGAUGGACAGCCUGGAGGAGGAGAAGGAGAGCGAGCUGGCCGAGGCCCAGGAGGAGCUGCGCGUCGCUCAGGAGGAGGUGCUCCUGCUCCAACAGACGGCGGAGGAGGCGGCGGCAGAAAGGGAGAACGACAUCGCCUCGCUGCAGGAGGAGCUGUGCCGCCGGCGGGUCGAGCUGCAGCACCUCAGCGAAGAGACCCAGGAGUACGAGCUGGAGAUCACCACGCUGAGGGCCGAGAUCAGCAUGAAGAGCCAGCGCAGGGAGGCCGAGAGGAGAGAGGGUGACGUGGACCUGCUGAAGGAGGAGUGCCGUACGCUGAGGGAGGAGUGUCAGACCCUGAAGGAGGACAACAGACGUCUCUCUGAGAGGUUGCAGCUGCUGCAGAGACAGAGGGCAUGCUCCAGUGUCUACCUGUCACUGAAAGAAGAAGACGUAGAGGAGGGCACAGAGGGGAAGGAGAUGCAGACUGGCUCGGAUGAGGUCAUGACGGAGAGUUACAUGACCAUGGCCAAGUCUGGGAACUGUCGCCUGGUGGACGCCUCCAUCCAGAAGAAUAUUUCAUUUGAUGGGAAGCCCGCGACACCACCCGGCUGGAACGGAGGCAUCGGGGAGAUUUUCUCCCUGAGGGAGCAGCUCAAACAGGCGGAGGAGAAGGCCUCACAGGUUCAGAGGGAGUGUUCCGGUGUGAAGGUGGAGCUGCAGGAGCUGCAGGUACUGUACGACAGCAGUCAGAAGGAGAGAGCCGAGCUGGAGGAGGAGCUGCAGUGCUGCAAGGCAGAGCUGGAGAAGCUGUCAGGGGGGGCUCAGAGAUUCAUCCAUGCGUCUCAGCACCCUGUUCUCUCCACCCCCUUCAUAGGAAUGAUUGUAAUAUUGGCUGUGGUCUGGUGCUGGUUGUCGGAGCUGGUGUCCCAGAGGGCAAGGGGAGUGAGGUAGGUUGGAACUCCAUUUUGACCAUCACUGCAGCCGCAGCAGUGCUCCUGAUGAUGACGAGCUUGUUGAGAGCUCUCGUCCGAUGUUGAUUGGAUGGGCAACAACUGCACGGGGACCGAGGUCUGCUCCAUUCAGACUAGCCCUCGUUCUUCUCAUGCCACGUCUACUGACUGGGCUGUAAUCCUCUAAAUGUGCCCGGGCUGACAGCUGUGUAGUGGAAAGUGUAUGGAAAAUGAUUCCGCUGAUGAGAAGGUACUCCGUGCACCGGGAACGAGCGCGCUCAUCGGAGAUUGAAGACGAGCAUGACCUGAUCUGCAGAGAGCUCUCACGAGGACUGAUUCCACUCCACUAAAUGUAUGCUAGUGCUGUGUCACUCCUCCUCUGUGUCUGUGAACGUCGUUUUUCUCUCUUUUAGCAAACAAUGUGAUAAAAAAAUUAAUACAAUUAAGGUUUUAAUUAUAAAUGUGCACCUAAUAGUUUUCAAUUUAUUUAUCCAUUAUUUAUGUCUUUGUUUGUUGAACUACUGUUCAUAGUUACCUCUGAUAAUAGUGACAAUGGAGUCUGGACAUGUAACGCACUGAAAUGUACACAUUCCCUUUAAAUGUAACUGUUUUUUUGAAGGUGACUUUUCAUUAUUUGUUGCUUUCCAACCAAAUACUGAAAGCAGAACAUUCUACAAAACUUGAUUAAAUGUUACAAAAUGUCCACGAAUGAACUUCAUCCCAGCCUUCCCUCCUGCCUCCUGACCCACACAUGGAAUCUGUACGCACCAAUGAUAUGCGACUGCCACUAAGGCCAGCCUGUAAGGCUGAUGUUCAACCCUGGGCUGGUGGAGCCAGCUCUUCUUCACAGUGCGCAGGCUCUCUCACCUCCGCCCGCCUCACGAUGAAUUGUCUCGCGUCUGUCUCUGAAAUCAAACAACUCCCACUUUCCUCAUUAAUUAUCAAUUGGGCCCCCGAAGCCAGAAUGUUUGUGCAGUAUCUCUGAUUCAUCUUACCUGCCCACAGCUCACUUUGAAAUUCUGAAAUAUUACACCCACAGCGACGUGGUUACACACACUCACACACACACACACGUUAUGGUUUUCUGAAGUUUUGUGACAGUGUGUGCUCAGCAAGAUAUCUCAGCAACUUUGGGAGCCAAUUGCAGAGCGAUCAAGCGAUGGGAUUAUGUUUUAUGGCUUUUCAGUGUGCAGAAAUAAGCUUUUGUUCCUCUCCAGCAGGAUUUAAAUGGCUAUCGUCGUCGUAUUGUUGUUUAGAUUCAUGCUGAUCGCAGGUUGUUCCGAGUACUCAGAGUGUGAGGAUGUCGACUGCCAGCGUUUUCUGACUUUAUGUAACAAGCUGCAGAUCUGAUAACCACCGUGUGGACAUCCGGUCACACUCUCGAUGAAACACUGAUGCAUCGGAAGGUUCAGGGUUUAUUUGUUGUGAGGGCAUUUUAGAAAUUGAUAUGGUUCCAAAAUGUGUAAAUAGGAAGGUGUCAGAAAAAGAUUUAGCAUUAAUAACAAAAAAUAUAAAUGUAUCUGUGGAAGGAUUCAUGUUUACAUUUAUGAAACGUAUUUUAUUUUGUGUGAAAACAUUUUAGAACUGAAAAGAAGCAUGUUAUAAAACAUAUGGAAGCACAGGAUAUAAUUUACGUUGAUUAUGUUAUUAUUAUUAUGUUUGUAUUUCAUGUAAAUAGUUGACGUAUAGUACUAUGGGAAAGAUGAUUCUUAAAUCCAUUUGUACUAGCUUUGUAGAAAUCCUAUUCUCUUUUGAAAGAGCAUCGUAUAUUUGAUAGCCAAAUGAUAUGCUGUCGCUGUGGACAUGUUGAUUUAUGGUGACGUUACUCACAAGAACUGCUAGAAUUGCGAAUACUUAUCAGUCCCUCUGUGUGCGAAGGUGGCAUUGGUCAUUGUAUGCAUUUAGAUUUCAUUUUAUCAGUUGCUAUUAGCAAUAUGACUCGUUCAUUCCAUAAAUUAAUUUCUGAAACAUUUAUCAUUUAACAAUCUUUAUAAGCAACGCCUGUUAUGUCUGCAUCUGAAAAUAUACUUAGGAAAUCCUGUGCCACUGGACUGUUGUUCCUGUCUAUUACCAAAAUGAUUAGUUUGCACUAUAAAUUAACUACCAUUGACAGCAAUGGUACAUAUGACUCUGAUUUUCCUUAUUUUUCUUUAUUUCAUGACAUCAUAGUUCCACAAGCUUCUAUAUUGCUCAGUGUUUCUCAGCUUGUUGUUGCUUGUUGCUUGUUUUCAUUAUAGUUGUGGCUAUUUUGUUACCUGGAGGUCUAUUUUGUACUGCAAAUGACUCGAGAAAAUAAAUAUAUAUCUACCCCC